AUGGCCGAAACCGCAGCCGCUACACCUUCCGCGCCCGGCGCAAGCACACCAGCAGUAGGCGGGUCAGGACAAGGGCCCAGCACAGGAGCUGACACGCCGCAAAACCAAUCACAAUCUCAAAAUCAAAACCAGAACAACAAUGCCGGCUCAUCAACAGCGACGGCAGCCACUACAAACAAUAAUGAAAACCAAAACCCAGACCAACGCGCAAAUCGCGGCCUACCCUACUACGAAAAGCUCCGUCGCGAGCUGCGCGAUACACUGCAAAAGAAGAGACUUAUGGAUAAGAGCAUGGCGCAACUAGAAGACCAAAUAUUCCGCUUUGAACAAUCGUACCUCGAAGAAACCACCGCCGGAAACAUCAUCAAGGGAUUUGAUAAUUACAUCAAGGGCUCCUCAACGGGGUCAGGUCUAGGAGCAGGCGGGAUUUCGCUUUCCACGGGCGCGGGAACAGCAUCGAGACGCAAGUCUGCUGUUACCGACAAUGACCGCGUGUUCUCGAGAAGCUCGGCGAGCUUCAUGCGUGACUCACCGACACCCUCGACACAAACAACGCCCUCGCACGCACCGACUCCUAACUCAACCUUUAAUGGGUCGACAGGCAAACCGGGCAAUGGGGACACUUCUUCUACGGCAGGGAGUGUAAAGGGGUCUUCAUCGUCCUCGUCGAAGAACAAGAAGAAAGCUGCGAAUAAGGGUGAGGAGGAUGAGGAAGACAAACCGCCGACGAAGAGGUUUAAGAUUACCUACGCAGGGAGGGAGUAAUAUUACUUCUUCUGUGUAUCGCUUGG